GGUGUUUUUCCUUUUUUUCUGGUUUGGUUUUACGAUGGCUGGUCUUGGAACACCGUCUCUUUCUGCCACUCCAACCAUUACUUCUGCAAAACUCAAUUGGAAAAACUAUCUAUCUUGGUCUUCUUCUGUGGAGUUAUGGUUUCUUGGUCAAGGACAUCAUGACCAUCUUGAACAAGAUGUUUCUACCGUUCCUGAAGAAGAAAAAUCUCAAUGGCAAAAACUUGAUUUCCAACUAUGUGCUGUCCUAUGGCAAUCUGUUGAACCAGAAGUCUUAGAAAUUUUAAGACCAUACAAAACGUGUUCCUCCUUUUGGAGAAAAGCUCAAGAUAUCUUUGCUAACGAUGUACAACGCCUCUUUGAUGCAACUCAAAGAGUGACUUCUCUCAAACAGAACAAUCAUGAUAUGGUUACUUACAUAGGAACGGCCUGUGCUGCUGUAGAAGAAUUGAAGAAUUUCUUUGUGGCGGAUUCUUUAGAAGGCCUAAACAAGAAGCUUGAUAAGUUUUACAUGGUCUUAAUUUUAAGAGGUCUACAUUCAGAUUUUGGACAUGUUCGUGAUCAAAUGUUGGCUGGUGAUCAAGUUCCAUCAAUGGACAGCUUAGUUACUCGACUUCUUCGGGUACCUUCAUUAGUUAAAGAUGAAAGUUCAAUUGGUGGUAUUGAAACAUCAGCCAUGGUAGCACCACAAGGAAGAGGAGGAGGCAGAGGCAACCGAGGAGGACGUGGUGGUCGUGGUAUGCCUCCUCAGUGCACAUAUUGUAAGAGGAUAGGCCAUACUUGAGAGAAAUGUUAUGCCUUACAUGGAUAUCCAGACAAGGGUGUUCAUGUUUUGAAAUCUGAUGAACCCAAAAUUUCGAAUGAAGAAUAUCAAGAAUUUUUGAAGUAUAAAUUUGGAAAAUCUUCUAAUCCUGACCAAUCCUCUUCCAUGUCCAGUGCGUCAACUGCCGGUAUGUCUCAAUCUGUGGAAGGUCACAAUCCAUGGAUCCUUGACUCAGGUGCCUCUGACCAUAUCUCUGGAACAUGGUACGGGUCGCCUGAUUGGAGAAGGACAUGAGUCUCGAGGACUUUAUUUUUUGAAACAUAGCUCUUCAGCUUCCUGUUUUAC